UCUUCUCGGCAUGUUCUUGCGAUUCUCAAACUUCGCUCAUGAUUAACCGAUUGGGGCAUUUUAAGCAACAUUGGCAUACUCUCAAGAGAGAACAAAGAUCUGUCUCUUCUCUCAGAGGUAUAAGCACCAAAUUUGUUGGCCAACAAGUUGCAAUUAUUGGCAUUAAGGAAAACACUGAUUGGAGUUUUGUGAGGGGAACAAGAGUUGUAUUCAGUCCAAAAGUUGCAGGGCAUCUGCUUCAAAGAAGAAGCUAUAAAGUAUCUGCUUCAUGGUUUACAAGUUCUCAAAUUGCCAGCGGUGUUUUCACCCUGGGAACAGCUGCUGUUCUUCCAUUCUAUACCCUCAUGGUUCUGGCACCUAAAGCCAAGCUGACCAAGAGAACCAUGGAGAGCACUAUACCAUAUGGUGCGCUUGGACUUAUGUAUGCCUAUCUUCUAUACCUCUCCUGGACACCAGAUACCAUGCGAUUAAUGUUUGCAAGUAAAUAUUGGCUGCCAGAGCUCCCUAGUAUAGGGAAGAUGUUCUCCAGUGAGAUGACCUUGGCUUCUGCAUGGAUUCAUCUGUUGGCUGUUGAUCUCUUUGCUGCAAGGCAGGUGUACCAAGAUGGACUGGAAAAUGAGAUAGAGACUCGACAUUCAGUUUCGUUAUGCCUACUCUUUUGUCCAAUUGGAAUUGUUACUCAUAUGAUCACAAAGUCACUGACCAAAGGAAUGGAGAAUACCGAGCAAAGCCUUGAAUAACCAUACAUUUAUGCAAUUCUGAAAUACAUUAAAUUGCCAUUGAAGUACUAGAAAACUUAUGAUAAGGCUUAACAUACUGUAUUUCUUCUUCAAGUUGUAUGCCAAAUGUUGUAUUGACCCGUGCUUUAACGAAAUCAAUGAGUUCAAGCA